AUGCCCCUAAUGAGAAUAAGGAGUGUCGAGAUCGUCUUCGAAGACGAAAUGUCCACUUGUACAGAUACCGGCCUACUGGAUAGAAGUAUUGAACUGAUCGUGUCCGAUAGCAGCGACGACUCCACUAAAUGCGUCGACGAUUUGGAACAUUUGCUAGAGAGGGAGGGCAACGACUCCGUCACGCUUAACGCAGAAGGAGACUUCUCCGAAGACAACUCGGUGUCAUUGAAACCUGUCAGCCCCGACAUUCCCAAAGCUGACAGUCCCCAGUCCAACGUCCAAGAUCAGGACACUCAGGCGCUAAGCGAAAGCGUAACGUUCCCCAUCGAAGACGUCAGUUUGUCUCUCCUGGUGUCCGAAAUGGGCGACUCCGGUCGUUUUACGGAGGACCCCAGCUCAUCCCACUAUCCGGCUUCGCAAGAAACGGUCCCGGCGUCCUCAUGCGACGCCCUGCUUUCUCAGUCAUUAGACGUUAUCAACGUAGACACAUCCACAAUACCGAGUACAUUAGAGAUAUCAGACAUUUCGAGUAUUAUAGACGACUCGCGCGGGAAAUUGUUCGAGUACAUCGAUAGCUCGAGUUCCAGCUCGGACAGCACGGCGGUGUGCGACGGCGACGCGCGGCCGCAGCCGCUGCAGUUCGCGCCCUCCGACGACGACACGACGGUGUGCGACAGCUCCGACCUGCAGUACGACUCCUUUGUAGAUUUGGGCAAGUUCUAA